AUGGCCAAUUUGGCGAGCCCUCCGGCCGAGCUGUUGGGGAGCACAAUCAGCAUCGAGCUCCGCAUUCCCUCGUCUUAUCUCCUACCUCUGCCAGGUGCGAUACGUCUAUUCAGUUCUCCAAAUGUAUUGUCCUUGAUCGGGGAUUGUGCGGGAGAGGCGCUUGCCUAUCAAUCAUCCAACUGCCUGCAUUAUACCCAAUCAUCGCCGCAUUAUCUCCAAGCCAGUCCCAACACGAAAAGAAACGAUCGGCUUCGGAGAAUGGUGGAGUUAGCAAAAGCUGUCACGUCGGGCUUGAUCAAGAUGGCUGUAUGGCUGUACUGGCUGGACGCAAUCUUAAUUGAUCCUCCGCCGCAGGCCCCGGGCAACGUCAACGUCAUACGGACGCCUCAGCCGGCUGAGGCUCACGCGCCGAAACGCGAUGUAUCCGCAUCAUGUGGGAAAGGAAGAGAGAUCACUCCGAAGAGAAUUGGGAUGAGAUCUGCCAAGACUCUUCUCAUCGGAGACCUGGAAGGGCAGGGUUCUUCAGUCACUUAUCCAGAGCCAAAGGUAUCAUCCAUCCAUCAAAACGCCGCUUCCCAUGCUCGUCCGUGAGUUGUGUCCAGAAACGCCAGCCGCAAAUGCAUAAAUUAUUUAGAAGUCUUCGUCGAAGGCAAAAUCACCCUUCAUUACGGGUGCAGCGACACCCUCCUCAGCCUCCUUCUUGGCCUGUUGCUUCUUGAUGCCCUCCAUGACACCAGCUUUCUGGUAGUCACCAACGCGCUUCUCGAAAAAGUUGGUCUUGCCGCCAAGAGAAAUGUUCUCCAUGAAGUCGAAUGGGUUGGUGGCGUUGUAAAACUUCUGGUUGCCGAGUGCCAACAACAGACGAUCCGCGACAAACUCAAUGUACUGGCACAUGAGCUUAGCAUUCAUGCCGAGGAGCAUGACCGGGAGCGCAUCGGUGAGGAAUUCCUGCUCAAUCGCGACAGCUUCGACGAUGAUGCUCUGCACGAGUGAUGCGUCUGGCUUGUUCUUGAGGUGGGAGAAGAGCAGGCAUGCGAAGUCUGUGUGCAUGCCCUCGUCUCGCGAGAUCAACUCAUUCGAGAAUGUGAGACCGGCCAUGAGACCACGCUUCUUC